AUGAUCACAAAGUUGUUUAUACUCCCUCUUGAUCUCAGAAUACUCGAAGCAUCGAGACUUUAUGAGAUUAAGAAGGGAGUGUCGUACCCGGCAUUGAGGGACAGGGAGGUGGAACGAAUGGCUCUUGCGAUUGAGGAUCCACAUCCGGCAGAGCAGGUAGAGCUGGGGUUUGGGAUGGUAGACGAGGAUUCGUAUGCUGAUGUGGUCAACAGCCACGGCCAUAGGAUCUAUGCGGACGGCAGCAGGAUUGAGGGCCGAGUUGGGGCCGCACUCUCCGUAUGGAAGGGUGAGGCCGAGACAAAGGCCGUCAAGUUUGCUUUGUCGCCGUAUUGCACCGUCUACCAGGCCGAACUUAUAUCGCUCCAAAGAGCUGUAACUAUAGCCUGCAAGAGUGGAGAGGUGAAGGUCGGUAUCCUGAGCGACUCCAGGUCGGCUCUUCAGGCGGUCACCCAUAAUUCCCCUCAUCCCCUAGCUGUGCAAACAAGGGCGGCUCUCCGAAAAGCUACAUUGCAGAGGCGGGAGAUUUCCUUGUUUUGGAUAAAGGCGCACGCUGGGUUGAGGGGGAAUGAGAGAGUUGACGAGUUAGCCAAAGAAGCCGCCCUGGGGUUGAGAAGGAGACCCGACUACGAUCUGUGUCCUGUAUACUGA